GUUGUUUUCAGACUGGGUAACCGGGACAGUGUUAGGUGGGUGACGUGUGUGAAUGUUGUUAAUUGUAUAAAUGAGUAACUGGUCGUGAUGGAUGAUCUAGAAGAACAAGAUGAUGAAUUAUUAGCAUUAGAGAGUAUUUAUGAUGAGACAGUUCUCUCUACUAUAAAAGAUACAGAUGAUAAGGGGGGACAAUUCACAGCAUGUCCUCAUCUACCAGAAAAGUUUUAUAUUCAAUCUGAACCUCUUAAUAAAGGAAAUGUAGAAUCUGGUCUUCAUAAAAUACAGCAUUUACCACCCAUAGUUAUACACUUCCAACUGCCUACAAAUUAUCCUUCCAUUGCUCCCCCACAUUUCACCUUGACCUGUAAAUGGCUCACACAUAAUCAAUUGUCUAGUUUAUGCCAACGAUUAGAUGAAUUAUGGGAAGAAAACAAAGGCAUGGUCAUUCUUUUUACGUGGAUUAAUUUUCUUCAGGAAGAACUCUUUGAUUUUUUACAACUUUCUUCUCCAUUAGAUAUACGGAACAUUGUCACCCCACACACUAGUUCCAAAAACGAGGAGAAUAAUUUGUUUGAUUCACGCUGUAUUCAGGAUAUUGUUAGCCAGGAUUUGUUAUUAAUGGCUAUAUUAGAUUAUAAUAAACAGAUGAAAGCGGAUAUAUUUGAACGUUCAAUGUUUUUGUGUUCUGUGUGUUUUAUUGAGAAACAAGGAACUAAUUGUAUAUGUUUUAUGGACUGUGAUCAUGUAUUUUGUAAAGAAUGUAUGAGAGAUUAUUUUGUGAUACAGAUAAGUGAUGGUAAUGUACAAAGUUUGAUUUGCCCACAUGAUAAAUGUCAAUCAGAAGCACACCCCUCUCAGGUUAAAGCUUUAGUGCCUGAUGAUAUAUAUAAACGUUAUGAUGAUCUAUUGUUAAAGUCUAGUUUAGAUACUAUGAUGGAUAUUAUGUAUUGUCCUAGAAGAUUAUGUCAAUGUCCUGUAUUACUAGAUAGAGAGAAUAAUAUUGGUAGAUGUCCAUCAUGUCAGUUUGUAUUCUGUCAUCUGUGUAAAUUAGUCUAUCAUGGUUUAUCACCUUGUAGGAUUAAAGCAGCUGAAUUAAAUAAAUUAAAAGAAGAAUAUGAGAAUGCUAGUGAUGAAGGUAAGAAGUUUUUAGAGAAGAAGUAUGGUAAAAGAAUUAUACAUCAGGCUAUAGAAGAAAGUAUAACAAAAGAAUGGUUAGAUAAUUAUACUAAACCAUGUCCUGCUUGUGGUACAUCUAUACAGAAAAUAGAUGGAUGCAACAAGAUGACAUGUAUGAAAUGUCGAAACUAUUUCUGCUGGUUAUGCGGAGAUUCUUUAUCUAGAAGUAAUCCCUAUAGCCAUUUUAACAUGGAUGGUCCAUGCAGAAAUCAACUAUUUCAAGGAAUGGGUGAAGAAGAAUUCGAUUUUGAAGGUGAUGAAUUUGGUGUGUUUGAAUUAUAAAAUAUUUUAUAUACAGACCACCCGAGACCAGAAGCCAUAAAACUUAACUUAAAAGGUAUUUAGCUAAAUAUACAGUAUAGUAACAUCAAUAUAUUCUAUACAUUUGUUCUAUUUUUAAAUUCAAUGAAUUGUUAAUACAAACAUACUAUAAAACAAGAGACUUGUGUUUUAAAUGAGACCUGCCCACAUUUGCAUUAAUUUUAAUAUACAUUUCUAGACACAACAAAAUGUUUCAUUAAUUUCUAUACGCAUGCCAAAAACCUUCAUUUUGUGAGACAUCAAUUUCUUGUUUUACGGUAUUUAUAACAUUCACUUUUAAUGAUUUAUUACUAUAUAAUAAAUACAGCCUAUGUAACAAGCUUUAAGGCACGCCAUUAUUAGGAACAGUGGCCAGGGCCCUUAUUCACGAAAACUUAAACUAAGAUACAAUCAAAAUUUUAAGAAAUACUGCAAUUCGAUUGGCUGACCAGUAAAAUCAAUUUGCAUAUAUCCAAUGAAGUAUUUCUUAAAAUUUCGGUUGUAACUUAGUUUAAGUUUUCAUGAAUAAGGGACCAGAUGUUUAUCACUUGCACAUGAUAAAUCGUCUUAACAAAUAUUGUUUAUAUCACAAUAUAUUGCUUCUAUUUUUUAUAUAUUAAUAAUCUAAUUAUUCUAAAUACUAUAUACAAAUUUCUAAAAUGUUCUUUUUGGUCAGAUAAUUUUAAAUUCAAAUGUGAAUGUGACUUAAACCCUUUUCCACGAAGUCCAGACUUAAUGGCUUACUAUAAUUGCAAAGUAAAAUAAGAUGAAAUUAUAUAAGUUAUCUAUAUGUAUAUUUAAAUGUUAGGAAAAUAACAAAUAUUAAAUAAGAUAAUUGAUGAUUUUAUUUAAUUUUGGCAAAGUAAUAGAGAAAUACCUGUGAAUGUGAUUGUGUUUUUAAAAAAAAAAUACAUGUAUUGUGCAUUGGUUUUUGCAAAUCAGAAUUUAUAAUAUUUGUAUGUUUUUUGUUGGCCAUUAAAUGUAAAUGAAAGUUUAUUUAUUUAUUAUGUUUAGUGGGUUAAUUUAAUAUUUUUGAAUGCUAAAGGUGUAAAUUUUUAAUUAAUAUGAUAUUGUUUUAUGACUCAAUGGGAAGAGUGAAUCUAUCAAUAUCAGCAGUUAAUAUUAUAUUAAUAUUAAUCAAUGUAAUCAAGCUUCAGGGGGAUUUGCAAAGGAAGAGUUUAUAAUUAAUUAAAUAUACAAUUUAAGGUUUGGACAGAAGAGAGAAGAAUAAGGAAAAAAGUAAUAUUUGAUUUCUAUUGGUUUUAUUUGAAUUAAUUUAAAAGAAACAUUGUAGGCGAAGUGUUUUAUCAUUAUGACAUUUAAUAAAUCAAAAUGGCACACAUUUUAAUAAUAAAAUGCAUUUGGAAAAUUUAUUAAUGAAAUAAUGAAAGAGUUCAUUUUCAAUAUGUGAUAAGCACUGUGACAUUUCUGGAGUAAAAUAAGCAUAUUGAUUAAAUUUAUGUGUCACUGAGGUUAAAACAGUAUUGCAUUGAUUCUUUUGAAAAUAAAUAAUAUCUAAAUUAUGUGAGAAGGGUGUAAGGAUUAUAAGAAUGAACUUCAAUAGAAGUGAGGUACUGCUGGCAAUGAGCUCUCAAAACACAGAUAAGUAAUUUUAAAAUUUUCCUUUCUUAUGCAUUAUUCAAGAUGAUAUAUUAUAUUAUAGUACAGUAAUCUUCAGUCAUCAUCAUAUAUUUGAUGAAUUUUCACAUAGUCACCAAAUUCAUGUUGUUAAGUACAGAUAUUAAAAAUGUGUCAUUUAUGUUAAACUGCAAAAAUCUUAUUGUUAAUUUUUAUAUAAUUAUGUAUUUGACUAUUUAUGUAGCUGAUUUGGUUAAGCAGCGCUGGCUCGUUAAGUUAAUCUUUAUAUAUAAAUAUAUGAAGAUAUGAAAUACCCCCAAUUUAUUUAAAUAUUUACACUAACAGUGUCUAACAUUAUGUUUGUAAAUUAGUUCAUGAAAAUGGAUUUUUCAAACUUUUUAAAGCAAAAUAUCACAUCAGUAUUUAAAUUUUAGAUUAAUUAAUCGUAAUUGAUUUUUUGUUAUAUUAUUUUAAAAUACAUCUGGCAAGUUUGUGCUCCCAAGAAGAAAAUGUAUCACAAUGAUUUUUAUAAAAGAAAAGAGUCUGUUCAGUAUUCAUGACCCUGAGUAAAAUUUUAUCUAAAUUUCUGAUAUUCAACACUACAUAAAGUCUAACAUAUAUUCAAAAACUUCAUGGUGGAAACUUGAGUUUAAUAAAGAUGUAUAGCAUAAUGUUUGAUUUAUAUGUACACAAAUCUUCUGUUCUUUAUGAAACAGAACCAAUUUGAAAUAAUAUUUUGCUCUUAUUAAAGAGUUUUUUUAGUAUGUAAAUAAUCUUAAUGUACCUGCUCACCAAAAGCCAUUGAAACCUUUGUUCUUAUGCUUAUAAACAAAUUAAUUAAUUGAACAGGAUUUAUAUUGGUACAUGAAUUUUUGUUAGAUGAAGAAAAUGAAAGUUACAAUUUUUAAUGGGAUUUUGUUUAAAUUUCAUGUAAAUUGAUGACUGAUUAUGAGUAAUUUUUUGUACAUUAUAUAAUUUUUUAAGACUAUUAACAGGUUGAAAUGACGAAACCGAAAAAUAUUUAUCUUUAUGUUAAAAUGAUUGAUUUUCAUGUAAUUUGAUGUGUUAUUAUUAAAGUAAUUACGUACAUAUAAUUCUUAUGUACAUUAUCAAAUUUUAUCUUUAAGAAUGUUAAAGGCUUGUAAUGAUUAAUUUAUUCUAAAAUAGCAAAUGAUUUAUUUAUCCAUUUAUCCUUAAAUAGAAAAUAAUUAAUUUUCGUAAUUUUUUUAUGCAAAUUGCUCUUAAGUUUAAUUGUUAGAUAUGGUAUUUUGAACAAUAUUGGUAUGAAUAACAUCUAAUGGUCGGUUACAAGUAUUUGUACUGUUGAAUUUGUUACUAAUUAAACAUUGUGAUUUCGGGAUUAAAAAAAAAUAAUGCA